GCCCAAACAUCCUCACGCGCCCCGCCGCAUUGUCAUGAGUCAUGAUUAUUUAUUCAUAUGUGAAAUUCUUUCUUCCGCCACCGCCGAACAGAACGAACCGAGCGUACACCGGCCCAAACGCCCCUAACCCUUUUCCUUUCGCCACGGUUGAACGGUUGAAGGAUGCUGUAUCGCGAUAACACGAUUGUUAAUUACGACCUUUCUUUCGGCCAAUCUCAGCCUUCCAACGCCUUCCCAAAGGCAGCGAGGCGUAACGGUAGCGUAAGGAGGGUGGGAAAAGUUUUACUGGUGGCGUAGGGCUGCGUGGAAAGGUGUCGGUUUUUAAAAGUGGCAUAUGAAUGGCAUAUCUAAUGUGUCGUCCGUGUGCCCUGGAAGAGCCAGCACACAGCGCUAGAACUCCUUUUUCGCGCGUAUUCAUUCUUUUGGGCGCGACGUCGUAUCUAACUCGUCCUUGUGGCACGUGAUUGCGGUGAUUUAUUGCGGAAAAGCAAAGGGGGCGCAAGCAAACGCAAGCCAACUAGUACUUGCAAAAACAGCUGCUCCUACGUGGGAACCGUUCCCACAGCCGGUGCCAUGCAUGUGUGCUGAAAUUCCGAGCGAAGAAUCUUUUCGAGGCCACUCGAGUGGGUAUAAAAAGCCUCUGGCAGCAGGAUGCCACCAGUUGCGUAUCCUUCGGAUGCUUCAAUCCUGCGGUCAGUCGUGAACCAUCAUGCCACGUGCAACGAGCAACAGUGCAGCCAACUUGGAACGGCUGGUGACACGCAUCUCCAGCCACAUGGCGGUGCUGAAGCUUAACAUCAUAGACCCGGCCUGGCGCCCGACCCUGCGCUUCGGUAUCGUACUGUUCCUUACCGCCCUCGUACCGGUGUAUAUCUGGCAGGGGAUCAAGGUGUACCGGACACGGUUCGAAACCCUGCUAGAGGUCCUGUCUGUCGCCGGUUGCGGCUGGCAGAUGUUCUUCCGCAUGUACUUCUACCUGUUCCAGCAAGACCGGUGCCGGCAGAUUGUGCAGGAAGUGCGCGACCAGCGGACCGUGUACGGUGCUGAUCGAAAUCCCCGCAUGGAGAAGCUGUUCCGGGCUGGCACGAAGCGUAUGCUGUUGGCGUACCGCGUCAUACAUCUGAUGUACGGGACGUCUUACUUCUUUCAGCUGGGUCCGCUGAUCAUGCCCGAUCCGCACAAGUGCAACCUGCCGUUGGCGUUGCAAUUGCCCUUUCUACCACCGGAUCGAAAUAUGGUCUACUACUGCAUCAACUACGCGCAUCACUUGCUGCUCAACACGAUCGGUGUCUUUAUCUUGCUGCCGAUGGAUGGUGUGCUGAUCGUGGCACUGCUGAACAUCUGUACGCGUAUCGCUGCCCUGCAGCUACUGCUGGAGGAGCUGGAUGCGAAGCUCGGGACCGUGCAAUGGCAGCAAACGGCCCAUCUCGACGCCGAGCUGAACCGCAUCAUCGAGCUGCACAUCGACACGAAGCGCUUCGCGCGCGUCAUCUACGAAACGUACCAGAUGCACUUUUUCUCCAUGUUCAGCGUGCUGUGUUUCGUGAUCUGCAUGUGCAUGAAUGUGGUCGCCCGGGACCCGCGCAGUACGCUGAUACCCUUUGGGCUCGCCUCGACGGGCCAGCUGUUUGUGAUCUGCAUGCUGGGUAACGUGCUGUACAUCGUUAGCGAUCGGCUGAAGGACAGUGUGUACGGUAUUCGCUGGUACCGGUGCACGGUUUCGCAGCAGAAGAGGCUCCUGUUUCUGCUGGCCAAUGCACAGCCGGAAAUUGUCAUGGGUGCGGUGUUUAUACCGGUUACGAUGACAUCGUUCGUGACGAUCAUCCGAGCGGCCUAUUCUUACUUUACCAUACUUUAUUGAAUUACAAAUGAAGGAGCUACUAACACAAUAACAAUCAACAAACAGUACAACCAACAUAAAAUAUACACACACAAGUAGGAACAAGGCAAACAGUAGAUUUAAAUAUUACAUCACCGCCUUUCGAUGAUAUGAUAGUUUGUGUACAACAACGUUUAUUCGAUUAGACAACGCUGACACUGCUUUUAAACUGAUAGAAACAAUAGUGCUGCUUAUUAUAAUUGCAUUUUCACGAGGAAUUGAAUGGAUAAAGA